AGAAGAUGCGGCAGCCGCAAUCGAUAACAUGCACAAUGCAGAGCUCUAUGGGCGGGUUCUGACUGUCAAUUACGCGCAACCAAUGAAGAUCAAGGGUGGCGAACAGGGCUGGGCUAGCCAGCCAGUCUGGGCCGACGCUGACACGUGGUUCGAGCGACAACAACAAGAGGAGGAGAUGCAGCGGCUUCAGUCAGAGCAUGAGGAGGCCAUAAAGGCUGGUCAAAGAGAGAAAGCUGCUGAAUUAAGACACCAAGGGAUGGAGGAAGAGGAGGAGGAGGAGGAGGAGGGGCCGGGCAAUGUGCAUCCUUGAAACGAACAAACUGUAGAUGGCAAAAGGUCAAGAGAAUUGCGCAGAUGGUUCAUCAUACUUUUAAACCACCAAUACGUACCGCAAUUUUUGUACCCCCGGGCCUCAAAUGAAUUUGGACUGGAGGGGCAGGCCGAUUUGGCUACCGCGUUAACGGCCGCCCCAACCGGUAGGUACUGGUGGUUUAAGUCGGUUAACACUUAUUCUUUGUGCUUCGUCACACUUCGUCACAGUCCUCUCGGAACUGUGAAUAGUAAUGGCUGUAUCAAGUAGAGUAUUAACUCAACGUACUCUUAUCUUCUUCUUCUUUUUUAUUAACUCAACAUACUGUUGUCAUUUCCAGUC